UAUAAUAUUUCAUAUUUAUUAAUGUAAAGCUCGCAGCCCCAUUUUUAAAAUCUAAGAUUUGAAAUUCUGAAUUGAGCUGAAGGAUGCAGUUCCUGCUGAUGUAUGAUUAUGGUUGGGCAGUUAAGUUAGUUAAGAAUAUAUAAUAGAUUCCAUGUCCAUCAAUAGAUCAGAAUCCUAUGUCACAUUUGAUCACCAUAUCCCAGAAAGUAAGCAAUCUCAACCACCUCAAGCAACUCCAUGCUCAGAUCAUCCGCAGCCACCUUCACGGCCGCAGCCUCUGGGCGGCGCAACUCAUCGGCCACUGCGCGCGCCUCCGCGCGCCGCCGCCUUUCACCCGUCUCAUCUUCGACUCCGUCCAGCCCCCCAAUGCCGUUGUAUUCACCACAAUGCUCAAAUUUUACUCCCAAAUGGGUGCCCACGAUGAUGUGGUCGCCCUCUUUGCUCAGAUGCAAAAAUGUGGUGUGACGCCGGAUGUGUCUGUGUACCCCAUCCUGAUCAAAUCGGUGGGUAAGGCGGCCAUUGAGUUCCAUGCUCAUUUGCUGAAAAUGGGUUAUGGUUAUGAUUUUUGUGUCCGGAAUGCAAUCAUGGAUAUGUAUGCAAAAUAUGGUGCCGUCGAGGUUGCACGUGAACUGUUCGAUGAAAUCUCCGACAAGAGUGUUGCUGAUUGGAAUUCGAUGAUUUCUGGGUACUGGAAGUGGGGAAAUGAAAUGGAAGCUUGCAGGCUGUUUGAUUUGAUGCCCCAGAGGAACGUCAUCUCUUGGACCACAAUGGUGAGUGGGUAUUCAAAGAUGAAAGACUCGAAGAGUGCAAGGAAGUAUUUUGAUAAAAUGCCUGAGAAGAGCGUUGUCUCGUGGAAUGCCAUGAUCUCUGGUUAUGCUCAAAACGGGCUGGCAGAAGAGGCUAUGAAGCUGUUCAAUGAGAUGGUGGAUUUUGGGGUUCGGCCAGAUGAGACAACUUGGGUUGCUGUCAUUUCAUCGUGUUCGUCGCGCGGUGAUCCUUGCCUUGCAGAAUCGCUUGUCAAAAUGCUGGACAAGAAGCACGUCCGGAUGAACUAUUUUGUCAAGACAGCCCUUCUUGACAUGCACGCAAAGUGUGGAAAUUUUGAGAGUGCAAGAAAAAUUUUCUUCGCCCUGGGAGUGCAUAAGAACUCUGUCGCUUGGAAUGCGAUGAUUUCAGCAUGUACACGCAUUGGUGAUUUAACUUCGGCUAGGGAGCUCUUCGACAGGAUGCCUGACAGGAACAUCGUGUCGUGGAACGCAAUGAUCGCUGGCUAUGCUCAGAAUGGACAAUCAGCUAUGGCAGUUGAACUCUUCCAAGAAAUGGUCAGAAGAGAGGACUUAAAACCAGAUGAGGUAACUAUGCUUAGUGUCAUCUCUGCCUGUGGACAUCUUGGGGCUUUAGAGUUAGGCAAUUGGGUUGUGAACCUCCUUACCAAUAACCAAAUAAGGUUAAGCAUCUCAGGAUAUAAUUCCUUGAUUUUCAUGUACUCCAAGUGUGGGAGAAUGGAAGAUGCCAGAAAAGUUUUCAAUGGAAUGGAGAAGAAGGAUGUUUUUUCCUACAAUACAUUGAUCACAGGGUUUGCAGCCCAUGGCCAUGGCACUGAAGCCAUACAGCUAAUGUUGAGGAUGAAAGAUGAAGGUCUUGACCCAGAUCGCGUGACCUAUAUUGGCGUCCUGACAGCAUGCAGCCAUGCAGGGUUAUUAGAUGAAGGCUGGGAAGUCUUUAAAUCGAUCAAAAAUCCAGAAGUAGAUCACUAUGCAUGCAUGGUCGAUUUGUUGGGUCGGGUGGGGAAACUGGAUGAAGCAAAGACACUGAUUGAAAGGAUGCCGAUGGAGGCUCAUGCAGGAGUCUAUGGAGCCCUUUUAAAUGGCAGCCGAAUUCACAAACGAGUGGACCUCGGGGAGCUUGCUGCACGCAAACUUUUUGAGCUGGAACCAGGAAAUUCAGGGAACUAUGUUUUGCUUUCAAACAUAUAUGCUUCUAAAGGAAGGUGGGAAGAUGUUGAAACAAUCAGAAGAGCAAUGAGAGAAGGGGGGAUUGGGAAGACAACUGGAUGGAGCUGGGUGGAGUAUGGUGGUAAGAUGCACAAGUUCAUAGUUGGAGAUCGAUCGCACAAGAGAUCGGAUGAAAUUUACCAGUUACUGGCUGAGUUGAGGAAGAAGACGAGGGCUGUUGGAUAUGUGGCUGAUAAGAGCUGUGCGCUUAGAGAUGUUGAGGAGGAAGAGAAGGAAGAGAUGGUGGGCACUCACAGUGAGAAAUUGGCCAUUGCUUUUGCUCUGCUUGUUAGUGAAGCCAACACAGUGAUCAGGGUAAUGAAGAACCUGAGAGUUUGCUGGGAUUGCCAUAUGGCUAUAAAGAUGAUCUCCAAAUUAGAGGGAAGAGAGAUUAUUGUUAGGGACAAUAACAGGUUUCACUAUUUUAGUAAUGGGCUAUGCUCCUGCAAUGACUACUGGUGAGGUUAGGUGUCUGAUUUUGAUGUUUUGCCUUUCUUUUAUAGUUUUAUACAGUUCUGAAUCCACCCAUUAUACAGAGGAAAUUGAAUUAUUACUCAUUCUGGAUCA